AUGUCCGAAUCGAAGUACGAAUUUGCCACUUCUAUUUUAACUAGUAAGACACCCUUACAAGCUGCGGCAAUUCUUCCCCAUACGCUCAAUUCGAGCCAGAACUUGGUUCAGAAUAAAUUGAUCGCAUGGUUUCAGAGGUACUCAUCCGAAAUACAACGCCAUAAUCACGCUCUCGGGGAAUUGUUGUCAGAAGGAGCAGGAAUAUUGGGCUAUGGACCUCCACCGAACUCGCCAACAACAGCUACAAGUAAACAACCUCCUAGUAAGAACAAGAGAGGUGAUGUUGCUCCUGGUGGAGCCCCUGCAAAGCCGAAUCCGGAUGAUCUUGGAUCAUUCAACAAAGUUUGGAACACCUUCCUUCGUCUGAUUGAGCUUGAAGUUCACUCUAACGAACAAUUCUUCAAGAACAUCAAAUUGGAGACCCUUUCACCUUUGAAGGACUUUGUCACCAACGACGUUCGGUACUCCGAGUUGGUGUUGAACUCCCAAGAACUACAAGAAAUUGCCAGAGACUUGUCUUCUGGAGGUUCAAACAACUCUGAAUAUCAGUGGAACGUCAAGGCUCCACAGAUAUUUGACAAUUUAGAGAACUUUGAAAAGAUUAAGUCCCAAUUGCUCUUUGAUGUGAUUUUGGCGUACUUCAAUUCCUCCAACACCAAGUAUUCCAAAUUGGUGGGCAAUUCUGAAAAUUCGGUGAAUUACUUGUUGGGCACCUAUAAAUUGGACGAAGAAAUGAAUUUGUACUUGCAAUACUUGUUGAAAUCUGAUUUUUCCCUGGAGUUAUCUAUCCCUCCACCUCCACCUCCAUCGCAGAAGCAUCAAGAAAAAAGAUUGAGCUCUUUUGCCAAACUUAGUGGCAACAACAACAACGGACACACUAACCAUGAUUUGGCAUCCACUUACUCUUCAGCAUCCGGUACCUCAGGUAGUAAGAAACCUUCUAAAUUGAAGUCAAAGGUCGGUUCUAUCUUUGGAAGAAAAAAGAAUAAGAAGGCUUCGGCUGGAACAACCAUGGAUAGCACUAUUCAGGAAACUGAGUCAAUAACUUCGUCCUUAAUUCAACCUGGCGCAACUCGUUCAACAAGAAACAGAUCCUUCGAUUCACUCGGUAAUGCAUUAGUUGGUCAACCACCAGUACAUUCCAAUGGAGCUAGGAGAGAAUCUGAUCUUUACCAAUCAAGACAGAAGGAGACUGGUACCACCGCUGCUCCAAUUCCGGCUCCUGUACCUGCUAGCCAACCUCAGAAGCCCAUAGUAGCACAAGGUCCAAUUCAUGAAGAUGUACCAAUUCCUCCUGCUAAGCCUUUAAGUUCCACUUCUGUCCCCUUAACUCCAAAGCCUAAACAAGUAAAUGCCAUACCUCCAGUUGCUGAUUCACCAAAUGUCAUAAAGUACGACUCAUCUUCAUCUUCGUCAUCUGAAGAAGCUGAAGAAGGUAGAGCCACUGAAAAUCGUAAAUCCUUGUUACAGCAACAUGAUUUAGAUCAUCCACCAAUUGGUUCUACGGUAUUGCCUCCUGCGUCUACUUUCCAGCCAUUACAUCGUGAACAUUUGAGCGAGAGCACAACUGCUACUGUUGGUAAAUUUAGCUUUGAAGCUGGCGAUGAUGAAAGGCCAAUAUCAACUACUCCUAAGGAACAGCAGAGAAAUGUUUUUGAAGAACCAAGUGCUUUUCUCAACGAUCCACAUGCUAGCAAUUCAUUUGCUCCCGAUGUUCCUAACUCUCAAAAUGGUAACACAGUGCCAACUACUGGUACACUGGCUCCACCUCCACCUCCAUCAAGGAAAGCACAUAGUACAGCCACUACCCCAUUCAAAGAUAAUCAAAGUAUAACGUCUUCUGAUCUUUCGAACGUGCAGUCGCUCCAAUCUUCUAAUACAGGAAGUAGAAAUAGAAAGGAUAUUAAGUCGCAAUAUUUCCACAAUUUGCCGAACGCUAGAGAUUCAGUAAUCGCUCCACGUAAGUUGUCUAAACAGGAUACUGGUAAUUCCUCUAUCUUAAGACACUUGAAUGGAUCCUCUGGGGAUAUAUUUAAGCAUGGUGAAGAGCAAUACCAGGUAGGUUUGAAUGCAUCAAUUGCCGAAGUUAUCAACGCAAGCUUCAAAGAUGAUAAGUUAGUUCGCCGUCAAUUACUUGGAGAAAUUGCAUUCAACUAUAAACCUGAUCCUAGUAAUCCAGUUAAUGAACUGGACUUGGAACAAUUCCCAAUUGUUAUCCAAAGUAAGUUUGAAAAGGUGAAUCUCAACAACCAGUUUGUUUCCAAAAAUCCAAAUUUUGAUGACGUCUACUUGGUGGAUCCACAAUUUAUUGUCUCUAAAACCCUUGGAGGAUUGAAAUAUCUUAAGACUCUUGAUCAGGUUCCCGUUCUCAUUCAUCAAGCUUGGAAAUUUGAAGAUCAUCAGGCAAGUGUGAUAUUGAAUUUAAAAUUGAAUAGCCAAUACCUGGAACUGUUGACGUUGGAGAAUGUGAUUAUUUCAGUUGCGCUCAGCAACUCUGUACAGACUAGCUCUGCAUCUUCUAAACCUUCUGGUACAUUCAAUAAAGAUUUGAACAGAAUUACUUGGAGACUUACUCAUCCAAUUACUCUAACGGCUGAUAAAGGGGAACAGUUAAUUGCAAGGUUUAUGACGAAUGGAAAGGGUAGUGAACAUGAAUCUGGUAUUCAACUCAAAUUUUCCGUUAUCAAUCCUCCAAAAUCAACCGAAUUAUUCUUGAAUGGCAUUGAAGUGCCAAGUAUCAGGAGCUUGGUCUCUGGAAGUUAUAGUGGCCACAUAUAA